AUGUCAGAUUUAUAUCAUAAACUAGGACCACAGGGACGUGCUUUGUUAGCUCAGAAGAGUGGUUUAUCAACUGUUCCUUCGUAUACCCCUGGUGAUAUUACUACUAUUAAAAGUGGCACACCGCAAGAAUUGGAUUAUCUUGUGAAUGAAUUGAGAAAUCCACCACCGGGUACUACAGUUAAUAAAGUCUUGGGAUAUUUAUAUAAUUAUUUGCCUUAUAUUAAACAUGAACAAAAUUUACGAUUAGUUAUUGCUAGUUUCUUGAAUACACCAGUUUGUUUUAAUGUUCAUCAAAUCCCCAAAUUUGAAGAAAAUUAUCCAAUUAUUGAAGUUUUUAAAUUGAUUUUUGAUAAGAAAUUAAAAAUAUCUAUACCUACAUUACCAAUUAAAACUUUUUAUUCUAUUUUAUUAAAAGAAUUGAAAAAUUUUCAAGCUUUCAAUCCAAAACUAAAUAGUUGGAAAAUAUUACCUAUUUUAAGUGGGGUAUUGUUAUCGAAUAAUUUAAGAAAUGAAUUAUAUUCAGAAGUUAAUUUUGUUGAAUAUAAAUGGUUUUUUGAUGAUUGGGAUAAAGAAGUUAUGGAAUUAUUUACUACUGCAUUGAAUUAUUCAAUUUCUGAAAUAUUACCUAAUGAUGUUAAUUUCUUAAGUUUGACAAGUUUUGCAUUAGUUUAUAAAAAAGAAGAAAAAAAUAUCAUUGAAGAAUAUACUAGAAAAAUCCCAAGUCCUGUUAUUAUCAAUAAAUUAAUGGAAAUGGUAUUUGUUGAUCAUGAUGUAUCUACAUUAGUUUAUCAAAAAUUUUUCAAUUUAGAUUCUAAAAAUCCCGAGAUUGAACAAAUUGUAUAUAAUGAAAUCAUGAAUAAACCAGUGGUCAAACAUUUAAAUAAACUUUCAUUUUUACUUGAGGCAUAUUUCACUACCCUAGGAUUUGAUCAAGUAAAUGAAUUAUUAGUUAGAGAUAAUUUAAUUCGGAUUACUCAAUUCAAUAAAACACUUAAUCAUACUGCUAAUGGAUCUAUAUUUAAUGAUUUCAAUGGUUCCAAACAAGCCAAUGCAUUAAUUAAAAAUUUUUGGUUUUUCAUGAAGAGUUUAUUAUUUUCAGAGAUUAUUAUCUUUCAAGGUAUUUUAACAAGAUUUGUUACAGCCAAUUCUAAUUUUGGUAAUAGAAGUUUUUUCUUAUUUGGAGGACGUCGUGAAUUAUCUCGAAUUGAAUAUCAAUAUAAAGAUAUUGCAUUGGAAUUGAUACCUAAUUUAUACUAUAUCAAUUUCAUAUUAUUAUCUAUUGGACAAGGUGGAUUUGAUAAUUAUAAUUUUGUUUAUUAUUUAACCAUUGAAUUGGCAUUAACUACAGGUAUAAGAUUUGAGAAAAAUACAUUAUAUUUAAUAGGAAAUUAUCAAGAAGUUAAUUUACAUCCAGAUGUUUUAAAUAAUAAUUAUAUUGAUACAUCAAAAGUGAUCUUUAUAUUAGGAUUAUGGGAAAAUUACCUUCAACUGCCACAUCGUCAACCUGGAUUUCGUCAAGAAGUAUAUAAUAUUGUUAUUGGAUUAGCUGAUGAUAAGAGAUAUGAUAAUGAUGAAUUAUUAGAAGCUGCCCAUUCCGUAUUGUUAUUUUAUUUUGCCAAUAGUGAAGUCAUUAACAUUAAUGAUGUAUUGCAAUAUGUUGAAUUAUUGUUACUGCAAUUUCCACAAAGAUUAUCCGAAACACAAUUAAAUGUGGCUAUAGAAACCCUCGGUAAAAAGAUAUUACCAACUUCGGAUGGGGAAAGAUUUUUAAUGUUUUUAAUAACCAGAAAAUGCUAUAUUCCAUUAAUUCAACUUAUUCCUUAUAUUCCAGUGGAUAAAUUCUUACAUUGGAUUAACAGAAUUCAUGAUUUAAUAAGUGUUGGUAAUUCCAAAGAGGAGGAAAUGUUUUGGAAAGUGUUGACUGAGAAAUUGGACCCUAAUAGAACUGAUCUAGCAUUGUAUAGUUUCUAUUGA